UUUUUCUGCCUGUUCUCCACUCACACUCUCGCUCAGCAGAGAUUCAGAGGUGGAGAGCAAAGAUUCUCACUGGGAAAAAAGGGGGGGGAAGGGAAAACAGAUUUUCUUCCUCUCACAUCAAGAAAAGAGACACAACCAAGAAAUAAAGAUGGAGAGGAUGCAAGGAGAGGGAGAGGUGGACCACCUAGAGCGGCCGAGCCCACUGACUGACAAGGAGAGGGUGAUGAUCCAGGACUCCUGGGCAAAAGUCUACCAGAACUGUGAUGAUGUUGGGGUGGCCAUACUUGUCAGGCUGUUUGUGAACUUCCCCUCAUCCAAGCAGUACUUCAGCCAGUUUAAGCACAUCGAGGAGUCGGAGGAGCUGGAGAGGAGCGCCCAGCUUAGGAAGCAUGCUCGCAGAGUCAUGAAUGCCCUCAAUACAAUGGUGGAGAGCCUUGACAACGCCGACAAGGUGGCCUCAGUGCUGAAGGUGGUGGGCAAGGCUCAUGCACUUCGACACAAGGUGGAGCCUGUGUACUUCAAGUUCCUGAGUGGUGUGAUACUGGAGGUCCUAGGAGAAGUGUAUCCGGAGGUGGUGACACCAGAGGUGGCCGCAGCGUGGACCAAACUCCUGGCAACUGUCUGCUGCAGCAUCUCAGCCGUCUAUGAGGAAGUGGGCUGGACUAAGCAUUCAACUUCAACUGGGUGAGGCUUUUAGUCUGGGUUUAGUCGACAACAAUCUCCAAGAGACUUUUAAGUUUUGGGCCACGGCCUCCUAAGAGAGGAAUGAAUUAACUGUACUGACCUUUGAAGGGAAGUAAUGUAUCUAGGGGCAAAUACAGUUUAAUAUAAUCUAAGAUAAUCGUGAGCUAUGGGACAUACACUCAGAAUAGAGACGGGUACUGCACCAUUUUCAUUGCUAACUGUGUGUGUGUGUGUGUGUGUGUGUGUGUGUGUGUGUGUGUGUGUGUGAGAGAGACAGAGAGGGACAGGGAGUGAAAACAUAAAGCUCUUACGAUACUCUUGUAAAGGACCAAACUAUUUAAAGGAGUGAGCAAAGAGGAAGAAAAUGCAAACGUAAACCCGACAGUGGACAAGAGGUCACAUUUGACUUGGAUGUGCCUUCUACUGAAUGUGUGGAUUUGGAAACUGCCAUGUAAAUAUUUUCCAAAUAUCGUGUGAUGUUUCCUUUCCUCCCCUUUCUUUUAUCAGUCUGUACUACUUGUGUUUACUUAACGGGAUAUUAAGGAGACAUUUUUACAUUUUUAACAGUUAAUUGUGAUGAUUGUACAUUUUUUUUCAUUAUAACUCACCUUUGUAUCUGUAUCUAACACAAUUUUGAAAUAAAAAUACAAAGAAAAACCUUAUUUUCACGAUGUUAAAUCCUUUUAAACUUAUAUCUGCUCUAAUCUGAUUCCCCUGCAUGUCUGUGUUGUAAUAAUUAGACCUUUCCUCUUUCUCGCUUGGCCUACUGCUCCCUUCUUCUCUGCUUGAGUCAGCAGUGCUAAGUAUAAGCUGCUGGAAGUCACUAUUUUUACCCCCAUUUAUCCCACUGUGUUCCCUCUUUUCAUUAGAUAUUGUAGGAAGACUGCAGCAAUUAACUGGUUUCAUCAAGAUAUAUGAUAAUUUGAUUGGUAUCUGUUAAUUCUUGCUGUAAAAAUCAGGCUACCCACAAUAUCGAGUUUGAUUUUGCUCGCUGUGUUGACGACAUGGGGGCGAGGUGGGUUGUUUUCAGAAUAGAAACACACAGCAUGCUCUGUUUACCUCCUAGUCCUGCCUUGAUCCUAGCUAAUCCUCUGAGCUAAUCUCCCCAAUCAUGAGUGAGAGCCAAGAAGGAAAGACAGGAAUAGUCAGAUUGUUACACCACUUCUUGCCAUUCGAGCCUUUCAAUGGAAGGAGAAGUCUCAGUGCUUUGAACCAUCAUCGGCCUUGAGGCAGGAGGUCCUUGGGGUUAGGACCAUGUGUACCACUUUGGCGGUCCUCACCACCAUCGCUCUGAUCCUGCGGCAGAGAUUCUCCAACAAAAUCAAACCGCAGACAGAGGAGACAGACGUGCCAUACACAAAGAGCAAUGGAGCAGCAGAAACCCAAAAAUGACAACAGUGAACAUCACAGGACAUGACCAGAGUAGGCCAUCAUCUCAAGUCUGGUGAGCGUCAGCGGCCUCUGCUAUCAAGACUUAUUUCCCUGGAUGCUACGCAGAGAAAUUUCCUGUAAUUUUUUUUCUUGCUUUCUGUCAUUGAUCAGACUCUGAUUUAUCUGCGCUUGACAGCUCACGCCAAGACUCCCACCAGGAUUUAAAAAAAAAAAAAAAAAGAAAAGUGGGGCUUGAAAAACAACGAGGCCUGUUUUCAGCAUGGCUUCCCCUGUCUGUCCUGCAGAUGCUCUCACCACUGGAACAAGAAACAGUGACUCCGGGAUGAAUUCCAGCUCAGAAGUUGAAGCCUGACAAAUGCCAUGCACUGAUCGUGAAAAUUUACAACACUGUCACUUCAAAGUCGGGUAUAUGAUCAGAAAGUGAUAAACAUGUUAUGUGCCUCUGCAUAAAAACAAGCAGUAAUAAUUUCUUUGAUUUCCUGCUUUUGCUCGCUUUUAAAAAUAAUGAUCUGUGUUACAUGUAUGUAUGUAUGUAUGUAUGUAUGUAUGUAUGUAUGAGGACAGGAUGAGCUGUGAUGGAUGUUUCUUAAAGAGUAGUGUCUCUAAUAUCGCAUAAGUGACCUACUUUCUUGAGAAAAAAGGGGCUGAAGUCAUGCAUUGUAUUGUAAUGUAUUGCAUUGUGUAUGGCAGGUAUAUCAAUUCUGUGAAUCCCUUAAAGGUUUAUGUUGUUCAGACAGGAGCCCAAAAAUAAAGCAAUGGAAUGCA